UCACUGUUGGUGAUGGCGGAUGUGGUCGAAAUAGAGACUACGAAGAAUUAUAACAUAGCUGUUGAGAGGAUAGAUCCAAUUACAAGUCGCUAUCCUUACUGUAUUGUCUGGACGCCUAUACCUGUUCUAUCAUGGCUCCUGCCAUUUAUAGGCCACAUCGGAAUCUGCACCUCAGUGGGCGUGAUCCGAGACUUUGCAGGGCCCUACUUUGUCUCAGAGGACAACAUGGCCUUCGGAAGACCCACUAAGUACUGGAUGCUUGACAUAAGCAAAGUCUACGCCAGUGGCUCCAAUGCCUGGGACACAGCAGUACAUGAUGCCUCUGAGGAGUACAAACACAGAAUGCACAACCUUUGCUGUGACAACUGUCACUCACAUGUUGCCAUGGCGCUGAACCUGAUGCGCUACGACAACAGCACCUCGUGGAACAUGAUCAACGUUUGCCUGCUCGCCCUCAUCCACGGAAAGCAUGUCAGCUGUGCUGGGUUUUUGAAGACUUGGCUGCCCUUCCUUAUCCUCUUCAGCGUGAUCCUGGCCGUGGCGCUCACUCUCAACCUGCGCUGAUGGACCUGAAGCACACAGAGACGAGAGACGAGGAGGGGACGGGCUCAUCGAGACGGCGGACAGGACUAGUGGAGAGGAGAAGCUCUACCCUCUUUAAUGGGGAGCAGUGGAAGGGAAAGGGUGUGGGUGUUGUUUUAAAGGUGUCCUACCUAUGGCUCGCUAUUUGAAGUAAAAGAGAAAAGAGGGAAAAAAAUCAAUUACAUAACAGUCUUCUCACCCCCUACACUUGAGUGUAAUGAAACGAGGCUAACGUUACUAUUAGCCUCGCAUAUACUGUAAUUUCGCCAGAGAGUACAGAGACAUGGCCGACGCCACUGAAGACAGUCAGUACAGCUACGCGUGUUCGAGAAUUCAACUCAGUGACUUGCUUGUAUUUCAGAGGCUCCGGUUAGUAGCCACCUUCUUUGGAGGUUUCUAUCCCUUCUGUUGCUUCGGUACAGGAGGAGGGCCUAUGCCUUUUACAAAGUGGUUGUGAUCUGUUUUUAAUAAUGUUCAAUAAUGUUUAAUGUUCAGUUUCUCAUGUUGGCCUUCUGGUGAGAUUGUUGCGUUUUGCUUGGUUUGAUGCGGCUCUUGUAGCUUCCCUUUUCAAUGCUGCAGUUUGGCAUGGCUUUAGCUUUUUGAUUAGAUUUUUUGGUGUGCGUAUUGAGUUCUUUUGCCACAUUAGUGAAUGUGUACACUACAACAAGCAGCGAGCAGCUAGCAUACCCCGACGCUGUUAAAUAAUUUCAAAUGCUUUCUAGUUUACUUCGCCUUCAAGUUUACUAUUAUAUGAAACACAGACUAGUUUCUGGAUUUUCUAAAGAAGCUUCUGUGCUCUGACUGUGUGAAAUUCUGUUUGGUACGAUAGUAACCAGUAACUAUUACGAGCUGAAGCCGUGGCUUUUGAUGGCAGUGCGCAUGAAGUGCUUCGAGUGUAUCAAGUGUGUUUGUUGUCUUCCAGCGUUUUCCAAGUGUGAGAGUAGGAAUCAACAUGAAUCCAAGUGGGAAUAGAUGAGUUUAGUCCAUCAGCAGGCGCUGUCCAAAUUACCCCACCCCCACCACCCCCUUCCCAAAAGAAAGUGACAUUGAUGUCUGUCUAUGGGCCGUAAGCAGAGGAUGACAAGGUCCAGGUUUUUUUCAUUUUCAUUCUCCUCAACUCUAUAACUAUAUCCCGACUCUAGAAAAGACGCUUUGACCCUUUUCUUCAUCAGCUGUGCUUUUUUUCUCUCCCUCUUUUACUCCUUCUCCUCCUUUCUUGCCUCUUUCAUCCCCUGAUCCAUGAAACUAAUGAAUGCAGCCAGUGCCUAGGCCAGGGAUAGAAAAAACAAAGUCUGCUCUUCCCUCCAUGUUCAAUGUAUCCACAUGGUUCCAGGAUUAGGAAUACGAGUCUGUGCCCAAAUGAACUCAAUGGCUGUCUCUACAGCAGGUUUUUUUUUUUUUUUUGUUUUGUUUUUUUGUCUUUGCUCUCUCGCGGCGUUCUGUGUAGGACACUGACAAUGAUGUCAAUCUUCAUUUGUUUACCCUUCUUUUUUUGUAGCCUCGAUGGACUGUACAUAUUAACUUUCCAUUUAGUUCCAAACACCAGUUGAACUCGCUGUAAUCCUACACGAUUGCCAGGACACCAAACCCGUUGCCAUGGCUUCGGUGGCAGAAUCAAAUCCCCCCUUUGUUUGGAAUCAAACAGAAAAAGCACUGACCCCCCCACCCACACCCACACCCCACUUCCACAACCCCUCCUCUAGCCUUCCCACCAGCCCCUCCACCUCCUCUCUCCAGUUCUCCCUCUCUGGCUGGAGCGGCAGAAGCAGCAGGUAGUCGGCGGGUCCUGAGGUCGGUGGAGAGCCGCGUCUGAGUCCCCCUCCUUGAGUGGGAGAGGAGCGGAGAGGAGUGCAGCCCCCGCUGGCUCCCAGCACCCCGCCACCAGAUUAGAGGGGGGACGCCAUGGGAAGGAAAUGCCGACGGCCAAAACGUUCUCACGUGGGGCCUUUCGGGGUCUUUUCUUCCCAGCCACUUCUUGUUCUUCCUCCCUGGUAACGUCAGGCAUUUGGAUUCGGCCGCUGCUGCUGCUGCUGCAGGGAGGGGUGUGGGUGUGGGCAGGUGUUUGUUUCCACACUUUGUCCAGCACAGUUUAAAUAACUAUAAACUUUUUCUUUUCGAUUUCAUUUUUUUUUUAUUUAUUUUUUUUGGUGAGCUAUUUUUUAUUUAUAGUCUUUUCAUGAUGCUCUGAUAGGCCUGUCAUGAUAACACUGUUGGACUUGACUUGACCCUGUGACUCUGGUGGUUGAUGCUUUUUGUAAAUAUUGAAUCCAGACCUAGUUACCUUUCUGUUCUGGUGAGACUACAGAGUCAUUCAUAUGUAGCAUUAACAGGCUUCUGUACAACAGACUCAUUGAGCAAAUGAGUAUGUCUGUGUAUAUGUGACAUUGUGCGUGUGACAGUGUGUGUAUGUGUGAGUGUGUGUGUGUGUGUGUUCACACACCAUCAUGCACAUGGGUGUGUGCAUCACGCUUUCCGGUUGUGUGCAUGUGUUUGCCUGCAUGCCAGCAUGUGCCAAUUGUAAGCAUGAAAGCAUGCCUGCAUUUGUGUGUGUGUGUGUGUGUGUGUGUGUGUGUGUGUGUGUGUGUGUGUGUGUGUGUGUGUGUGUGUGUGUGUGUGUGUGUGUGUGUCUGUGUGUGUGUCUGUGUGUCUGUCUGUCUGUCUGUGCAGGUCUUUAGUGCUAGCCAGGCAGCCAUUGGCAGCCCCAACACUCAUCUCUCCAUGAAUGUGGCAGAGACGUCUCUUGACAGACCUUUUGUUUACUCAAUAGCAGCAUAUCAUUACUGAAUACUGCAUAACUGCAUUUGUACGGAUCGCAACAUAUAAGCUACGUUUAUACAUACAAUUCUUAUCUAGAGGCUAUUUUUAAGGAUGUAUUUUUGCUGACAUAUUACUAUCUUAUCCGUGUAGAUUGUGUACACCAGUUAACAGAUUGUAAUACUCUCUUCAAGUGAGCCUGCUUUGUGGAAGUGUCUUUGACCCAGUUGCCUGUAACAAAUGGUUGUCGCGGAGCAAUAGAUUAAACUAGGAAAUGCAGGAUUUAUCUCCUUCUCAUGUGCCGACAGAGAUAUACUAGAGAGCGCAGCAACAGGGCUGUGCAGCCGGUGAGCUACCUGGAGCGCCUCGCUUCCCAAGAAACAGUUUGGUGCUUCCAUUUUCAUAUCCCCAAGCUGAAGCUCUCUCCCUCCCUUCUUUCUUCGCAAUUAACAGUGUCGCUCUCAGCGGUGAGAACGUCCCCAGCCACCUCUGACUGUAGAACCGUAAUCUCAUUACUCAGUUUUUGAGUCUGACGUUUUCUGGAAGGUUCUGUGAGGUUUUCAGCGUUUGGUGAAUUAGCGGCCGAUAGAUCAAUAUCCUGUUCUUGAGUCCGGCAUUGUCCUCAUUUUUCUGCUGCUGUGUCUGAGGAGCAGAGGUUUUCUCGGCACUUCUCCAGGGUCCUCCUCUGUCACUUGUGUGUCUCUUCUGUCUCUCCCUACUCAAAAACACACCUGGUUUAAAGUCUGCGUGGUUCAAAUGUACACGAUGUGCUAUCAGCCGAGUUCAGCUAAUCAGUUGCAUUGAUUACUUCUGUCAGGCAAUCAGAGCAAGAACAACUGGAAGAUGUGACGUGUGUGGGGAAAGUGGUGGCAGGAGCGAGGCCUCCUGUGUCUGAGGACUUGAACUGUCACGACAUGUCUGUGGCGGAGACUGUUGUUAUGUCACCAGAGGUUGGCAAUGAUAGAGCAGUCAUCUUUGAUUUUUUUCCCCCAUCUCCACAUGGGUCGGCUGUGCACUGUCUAGUCUACCCUUACUCGUCACCCGUCUACUCGUCCAAAAGACUCAAGCUCUGUUGCUGAUUUGGGGUGAAAUGAACGUCAUAAGCUAUCAGAGUCAGGGUUUGGGGAUGCGGAGACUGGUGUAUUUAUGCCAGUUCAAACAGGUGACAAAAGCUUUUUAGUAUCAAAGGUUUCCACACAAGGCAGGAAAUCACAGUGUUCUGGAAUUCCAGUGUUCCAGCUCCCUCUUGGUUCUUCCAGAUUAACUACUACAGUGCUGUGCUGUGCUGUCCAGCCAGAGUGCUCUGCAAAUAAAGGAAUCUAAGGAAUGGUGUGAACUUGUAAUGUCUGUAAAUGACAUGGAACUAUCUUAAUAAAAUCAUAUUUAUUACAAAA